UUUUUUUUUGCUUUCUGUUCUCUAUCAUUUUUGAAAAUCAUGAAUGUGGAAAAGAACGUGAAUAGUCUGGAAGUAAGCAAUUAUGAAGAUGUUCGUCGUCAAAGGAUGUUAGAAAACCAAAAGCUCUUACAAGAAUUGGGUCUUGCCAAAGGCAUGGAGACUUCAGUCCUUCUUAAUGAUUUACCGCCACCACCCAAGAAAUUCCCUGCCACCGCCACCAAACGAGCUGCAUCCAAAUAUACUGGAUCAAAAGUGAACAAACGAGUAGCAUUAAUGAUGUCAUCCGGACGUUCUUCAAGACGAUUGAAAGGAGAGGCUCCUGAAGAAACGGUGGAUUUGGAAGAAGUUUUAGAUCAACAAGAUCGGAUACGACAAGCUGCUCAACUGCGAAAACUGGAAAAUUCAAGGGAACAAGAUGAUGCGUUACUACCACGGAACAUUCAUGUUCCUUUUACUCUUGCAUCCAUUGGUACCACUAUUUGGGAUCUUGGUGAAAUAUAUACUGGUGAACAUCGAUCAAAGUAUUGGAGUACUCAUGGGUGUAAAUACAAACAUCCUUAUCCUAUAGGUUAUCGUGCUACGAAAAGUCAUUUUGGAAACCAAUACACUAUGACCAUCUCUGAAGGCAAAGAAGGACCUCUUUUUACGGUGCAAGUCAAUUCAUCACAAACCUUCUUCACAGGUUCUACUCCAACAGCUCCUUGGACAACUGCAUGUUUACGUAGCAAUUCUCGAGGUACUCGUGUGAGUGGACCUUUGUUUUAUGGCUUCUCUGAUUUGAUUACCAUACGUUUGAUAGAAGGACUAGAGAACUAUGACAAAGCUGGCGACCCAUCCGAGUCAUCUCAUUCAGCAGCCACAAGGUCUAAACGAAACCAUGUAGAAUGAUUAUGGAUUUAUCAUUAGUUGUUUAUAGUUAUUAUUACUUAUUAUGUUUUAUUCAAAUAAAUUCCCCUUCUCAAUCUUCA